AUGCGCCUCUCUCUCGCUUUCGCUGCCCUCCUGCCUCUUGUCGUCCUCGCUAUCCCUACCACACACAUCCGCUCCUCCGCAUACGAGAAGGACCUCUCCGCGGUUGGCAGCGCUGGUGAGCCAGCAAUGCACAUGCAUUGCUCAUCUCCUCUACCCUACCCUGUCCGCAUCCCUCGCUAA